UGAGAAUUCGUAGCUUUUUUUUUUUGCCUUUUGUUGCAGCUACCCUUCCACCACCACAUCGUCAAUUCCAGUCUUUUUGUUGUUGAUAGAUUCAGAAAGACCAAUCAAGAUGGCUCCCUCAAAAGAAGUCGCCGCUGCUGGCUCGAAAGCCGUGGUUUCACUUGAUUCCGCUCAGACCCUCAAAGCUUCAAAAGCCCUCCUAGCACACAUCAAAAAGGCCGCCAAGGAACAGGCCGAGGCCUCGGACAAGCGCAACCUCCUCGAAGACGACGUCGAGUCGGAAAAGACAAUCUGGCUCACGCUCACCACCAAGCGACACAUCUCCGACAAGGCUCGCCUGCAGCCCGGCAAGAUCCCGCUGCCGCACAGCCUCAACGCCUCGGCCGAGACCACCGUCUGCCUCAUCACCGCCGACCCCCAGCGCGCCUACAAGAACAUUGUCGCCUCGGACGACUUCCCCGCCGAGCUGCGCAAGAAGGUGACCCGCGUCAUCGACAUCACCAAGCUCAAGGCAAAGUACAGCCAGUACGAGGCCCAGCGCAAGCUCUUUUCUGAGCACGACGUCUUCCUCGGCGACGACCGCAUCAUCAACCGCCUGCCCAAGGUCCUCGGCAAGACCUUUUACAAGACCACGCUCAAGCGCCCCAUCCCCGUCGUCCUCAAGCCCAAGGCCCGCAAGGUCGACGGCAAGAAGACCAAGCCCCAGAAGAAGGAGGGCGAGGUCUACGCCGCCUCCGCCGCCGACAUUGCAAAGGAGAUUGAAAAGGCCCUCGCCUCGGCCCUCGUCAGCCUCUCCCCCACCACAAACACCGCCGUCCGCGUCGGCUUCUCCGACUGGACCCCCGAGCAGCUGGCCGCCAACGUCGAGACCGUCGCCGCUGCCUUGGUCGACAAGUGGGUGCCCCAGCAGUGGCGCAACGUCAAGAGCAUCUACAUCAAGGGCCCCGAGACCGCUGCUCUGCCCAUCUGGCUCACUGACGAGCUCUGGCUGGACGACAAGGACGUCAUUGCCGAUGCCGAGGGCGAGGCCAAGGCUCUCAAGGCCGCUGAAAAGGCCAACAUUGGCAAGAAGCGCAAGACUGUCGACGACAGCACCGAGCAGGCCGAUGCUCCCGCGCCCAAGAAGGCCAAGAAGGCCGCCAAGGAGAGCAAGCCCAAGGCGGACAGCAACGACGACAAGCUGGACAAGCAGAUCUCAGACCGCAAGCUGAGGCUGAGAAGUGCAAAGGCCGCGGCCAAGAAGGCGGCAGAGGAGUAAAAGAAGAAAAGAAAAGUUCAAAGAAGAAAAAGAGAGAAGGAGGGGGGAGUCAAAAACUUUCGACAUACAAAGUUCCUUUUACAUCAUUAUCUGUGUGUAUUGCGCAUAAUAGGAUGAUUAGAUAUCUGGCACCGGCGUUGCGGCGUAUAUAUUCAUUCGAUGGACACCAAAAAUAUGAAUAGAGAAUGGCAAUGUUCGUAUUGG